AUGGAUUCCUCGAAACUUGUUUAUUUCUCUCUGGUGGCCCUAAUCUUACAGAAUGCUGCUCUUAUAUUGGUCAUGCGUUAUACACGCACCCAACAUGGGGAUAUGUAUUUAUCAAGUACAGCGGUGGUCAUGUCAGAAAUGUGUAAAUUAUUGACGUGUUGUGUAAUUAUAAUUUAUCAAGAAGGUGGUGUUGGCCAGUUUGUAAAAAUGCUAAAAACUGAUAUUAUAGACUGUCCUUUAGACUGUGUUAAAGUUUCGGUACCGUCUAUUAUUUAUACUAUCCAGAAUAACCUAUUAUAUUUAGCUGUGUCUAAUUUAGAUGCUGCUACAUUUCAGGUCACCUAUCAACUAAAAAUUCUAACAACAGCAAUAUUUUCUGUGUUUAUGUUAGAAAAAGCUGUAGCUAAAUUACAAUGGCUUUCAUUAGUGGUUUUAUUUGUGGGUGUGUCUAUUGUUCAAUUACAACCCAAAACAUCAGAGAAAUCUGUGUCUCAAAAUUUGGCACAAAAUCCAUUUGUUGGUUUGGUGGCUGUUAUUAUUUCGUGUGUCUUAUCCGGAUUUGCAGGUGUUUAUUUUGAAAAAAUAUUAAAAGGAACACGACAGUCAGUUUGGAUCCGAAACAUCCAGUUGAGUGUACUGGGUAUUGUGAUUGGGUUAAUAACAAUGGAGCUAAAAGAUGGUGCUAAAGUGACAGAGAAGGGAUUUUUCUUUGGUUAUACAUGGUUUGUGUGGUUAGUUAUAUUUUUACAGAGUUUUGGAGGUCUGAUUGUAGCAGUAGUAGUAAAAUAUGCUGAUAAUAUAUUAAAAGGAUUUGCUACAUCAGCCUCUAUUGUAUUGUCAUGUAUUGUUUCUGUGUAUUUCUUUGAUUUUCAUCUAUCAAUACAAUUUGUCAUUGGGGCAUCUCUUGUCAUGGUCGCUGUGUACAUGUAUAGUAAAUUUGUUCCUAAACCUAAACCAUUGGUGUAA